AUGAUGGCUAUGACUGCCUCUUAGAGUUUAGGACACGAUGAGGUGCCCUCUCUCUAGAGUGGAACUUCCUAUGAUCUAGCAGUCAUUGGAAACUCAACUUACAGUUGCAUAAUAGACAGGACGUCUAGAGGACUUUUUGAGAUUAAAUUGGAAAAUUUUGAGUCAUCUGUUUAGUUUUAUGAUGGAUGCGAUUCACUCAUACUAAAAACCAGAUUGACAUCCAGCGAGUAAAUAUUGGCUUAUUUAUUGACUCUUUAUAGUGGAGAAAUAGUUGAGGUAACUGAUUUUUGUCCAAGAUUUGAAUCAAAUGGCAGGUCCUUCAAACCUUCAAUGCUAGUUAGAAUUGUUACUCCAGUUUAAGGGGUUCCAUAAAUUUCUGUUAGAUGCCUAGCAUCAAUACAUUAUAAUUCUCAGUUUCCUGACAUUGAAACAGGCUCAAACCAUAUUAAAUUUGAGGGAAGUGAUAUUAAAAUCAGACUGUAAACAAACUUAUCAACAAGCAUAAUCAGAAACGAAACAACCUUUGCUCUAGUUGAACCACAAUACUUCAUACUCAGCUCUGAUGAACCAUUUAACAAGUCAAUUGAGAAGGUCGCUACUGAAUACUUAUCCAAGACUAAAUCCUAUUGGUUCAAUUACUGUCGAACUAUCAAUCUACCCUUCUCGUAUUAGAGAUAGGUGAUGAGAUGUGUCAUGUAACUUAGACUCUUGGCUUUCGAUGAGACGGGUGGAAUAAUAAAUUCAUUAACUUCUUCGAUUCCAAACCAGAUUGAGGACGCUCAUAUUUCUGAUAUGAGGUACUGCUGGCUCAAAGAUUCCAUAUUUACAGUAAACGCUCUGCAUAAAGUUCAAGCAAUUGAGACUCUAGAAAAUUACAUUUCGUUUUUGAUAAACAUAGCUAGAUUUAGCUUGAAGAAAGAGAUGCCCAUCGAAACAAGUUAUCAUCUUGUGAUUAAUAAAUCUAGAACAUAUGAAUAAGAAACUGUUUGCCUUGCUGGCUAUGAAGGACUUCAUAAGAUAAACAUUGGAUAACCAUUUUUUAACUUUGAAAUGGAUUCAGUAAAUCCAAUAGGUUCAAUAAUUCUAGCCAUAAAUUACAUGUUUUAUGACAUCAGACUUAUUAAACUUUCAAAACAGGCAAAUCUAAGUUUUGUUUAGGAUGUCCUUGUUAAACUUGCAGAAAGAGCUUACUGUAUUUUCAAGAGACCUCUUAAGUAUCAUCUGUCUUAUCUUAAGAUGGCAUAAGAUAAUUUAAAUGCUUACAUUGAAGGUCUAGCUCAAAGCAGUGGCCCCCAAAAGAUUGAUUACCUAGAAAAGCUAAAUAUAGAAUACUAUAUGAACAAAGUAGCUGAAAUAAAAAAGCUCGGCAUAAAUACUCACUCUUUGGUACUGAUCAGUACAAGUUUUAAAUCUUUGUCCUAACUCUGCUCCAAAAUUGCGAAAAGAUCUUAAUCAGUUAUGAACUUUUCUUAUGAGAAUCAUGAUGAAGAAAAGCAUGAUAGGUACUUAAUGGAAUAAAGUCAAAUAUGGGAAAUUAGAUCAAUUGAAGUGAAAGAAUUCGUCAACAAGUAUGGUUGGUGUAAAAAGAAUCAAACAUAUACCUCCUUUAUAUAAGUAAAGCAAAUACCUGGUAAAGAAGAGGAGCAAGAUAAGCUUCUUAUGCUAAUAUAGAAGAAGUCAAAGCUAUCUUCCUCAAUUAACCUGAAACAUCUUGAUAUGCAACUAUACUCUCAUAUUGAAUAGCAACCUAAUGCUAAUGGAGGUUUUGAUGAAGAGGAGGAGAAACUCUAUCACUUGCCAGAUACUCACUUACUUCUCUGGCAUGAUCUAGAUUUCAUUACUCCUCAUGACAUCAAGUUCAAAUAAUCAUUCACCAGACUUUAAGAUUAUAUGAUCAACAACCCAAAUUUGAGACUAUGCGAAUACCUAUGGUAGUUUAAUGAGACUGGAUUUCUUCCUACUUAUGCCAGUAAAGUCAUUUCUCCCUUGAUUACUUAUCAAAGCACUGUCCUUAACUCCAGCAGCCAUAAUAUGUCCUACGAGAGUAAUGACUAUGGAGGACUUCACAAGACUAUAUCCACUUAGGGAAGCGAAAGUUCAUUAAUAUCAAUCUAGCUUAAUGCUGAGAGCAAAUACCUUGGUAACUUUCCAGAAAGCUAGUCUUUAGUCCACUUCAUAAUAACAGCCUUCAAACUCAGUAAACAAUGGGAAAACAUUCUCUGA